CGCCCCCCGCCCCGGAAGCUGCCUCGCUCGCGGCCCACGUGGUGACCCAGAGCCCUCUCUGUCUAUGGCGCGCGGCCCACGCUGGUUCCGGGGUCACAGGAUCUCGCGAGAUCUCCCGGGUAUAUCAGGCCGCUUCCGCCCUCCUUCGGCCUUCUAUUCUACUGAAAGCACGUAAGUGAUGGCGGCCGGCUGGAGGGGGGCCUGGGGACAAUCCGCCAACAUCCUCGCCAUCCUCGCUCUAUCACACCGCCCGGGGGUCGGCAUGGGGGGCUGGGGGGUCUCAGGGUUAUAGCGGCUGGAUAUUGGGGGGUCUCUGGGUUAUAGCGGCUGGAUAUUGGGGGGUCUCUGGGUUAUAGCGGCUGGAUAUUGGUGGGUCUCUGGGUUAUAGCGGCUGGCUAUUGGGGGUCUCUGGGUUAUAGCGGCUGGAUAUUGGGGGGUCUCUGGGUUACAGCGGCUGGCUAUUGGGGGGUCUCUGGGUUACAGCGGCUGGCUAUUGGGGGGUCUCUGGGUUACAGCGGCUGGAUAUUGGGGGGGGGCUCUCUAUACUGACAGUCCUGCACUGCCCAGGCUAUUCACUAUACUGCGAUAUGGGGGACAUAGACAGCGAGGUUUAUAACGGAUGCUGAUGGCUGACUUGAAGGAUUUCUGGGCCCCAAACUCUCUCAUUGUACCCCCAGCAGGUCAUACAGAAGGGACCCCUAUUGUAAUGUGAUCCUGCAGGAUGAUGGGCAUGGUGUGCCCCCUGGGUAAAUACUACUAAAUAAAGCUUCACCCAAUGCUGCAUUAAAUGCAAUGACUUAUGGGGUGCCCCCUGGUAAAUACUAUUAAAUAAAGCUUCACCUAAUGCUGCAUUAAAUGCAAUGGUUUAUGGUGUCCCCUGGUAAAUAAAGCGUAUUCUAUUCUAGAACCACAUAGAGCAUCACAUUCUGAUUCCUAGACUGCCACUCUAAACAUUCACUAAACUGUAACUUCCUCCUUCAUUGAGCGGAAGUGAUCUGGGUGCCUAUAGUGGUCCUUUAACUUACAGAAUUGACUGCUGCAUUAGGGUGUCACAUAGCCCAUUUGGAUGACUGGAACAGCAAUAAACAAAUCAAUUAUUCCCUUUAGCAUUUAAAUAGGUAAUACAAUAAUGGCUGUUUUUAAGCGUCUCAACAAGGAGGAAGUUACAUUUUAGUGAAUGUUUAGAGUGGCAGUCUAGGAAUCAGAAUGUGAUGCUCUAUAUGGUUCUGGAAUAGAAUACGCUUUAUUUACCAGGGGACACCAUAAACCAUUGCAUUUAAUGCAGCAUUAGGUGAAGCUUUACCAGGGGACACACCAUAAACCAUUGCAUUUAAUGCAGCAUUGGGUGAAGCUUUAUUUAGUAGUAUUUACCCAGUGGGCACACCAUGCCCAUCAUCCUGCAGGAUCACAUUACAAUAGGGUUCCCUUCUGUAUGACCUGCUGGGGGUACAUUGAGAGAGUUUGGGGCCCAGAAAUCCUCCAAGUCAGCCAUCAGCCUCCGUUAUAAACCUCGCUGUCUAUGCCCCCCAUAUCGCAGUAUAGUGAAUAACCCGGGCAGUGCAGGACUAUCAGUAUAGAGAGCCCCCCCAAUAUCCAGCCGUUAUGAAGUGGUCUGGGUGCCAGGUCUAUCUAGUGUUAACCCUUUCUGCUGAAACUAUGUUUACAAAUGGGAUAUUCCAGCCUCUAGUGGCUCUCAUUGACAGCCGCUAGAGGCGUUUCUCACUGUAAUUUUCACAGUGAGAAGACGCCAGCAUCCAUAGGAAAACUUUGAGAAUGCUUUCCUAUGGACUGACUGAAUGCACGUGCCGCGCAUGCAAAUUCAGCCGAUGACGUCGGAAGGAGGAGAGUCCCCAGCGCCGAGGAAGCCCGGCGCUGGAGAAAGGGAAGUUUUUAACUCCUUCCUCCAACCUCAUCCUGGCGGGAGUGGGACCCUGAGGUUGGUGGCACCCUCAGGGCACCAUAGUGCCAGGAAAAAGUUUGUUUUUCUGGCACUAUAGUGGUCCUUUAAUAUUUUAAAGUGCCAACAUGUUCUGCAGCUCAGUCCAUUUGGGGUGCAUUGAUAACACAAUUUACAUAACAGUACAAAAGGAAAAGUACCACAACAGUGAGCUUGGGGUUAAAUAAACCUUGUUUUUAUUCUUUAAUUUUUAAAGCUUUGAUUUUAUUUAAAAAUGUCUUACCUGUUUGUUUCUCUUUACUUUAUAGCAAAUGGCGGACAACGCCGGUGAAAACAGGGGAGGCUUCCGCGGAGGCUUUGGCAGUGGUGGCCGAGGCCGUGGUCGCGGAAGAGGCAGGGGCCGUGGUAGAGGCCGCGGAGCUCGGGGUAAAGCAGAUGACAAGGAAGUAAGUAUUGUUCGUAACACAAAGUAGGAUAUCUGCCUUCCUAAUCUUGUGGACCAUUGAAAUCUUAAAGUACUUUUAUUUUUUUUGAAUCGCAUAUCUGCAUUAGAACUGGUGCCACUAAAAACAAAAAAAUAGAUCAUGUAUACAGGCAAAUUAGCCCUAGGACUCCUCCAAUAUAUGUACAACUAAAGUGUAUUUAAAAAAAACACUUAACUUUCAGUAGGUCUUCUGUGAUUUAUCCCUAUCAUAUGUCCCAUGUGCUUCUCAUACAAAAGAGUAUGCAAGCAAACUACCAGCAUGCAAUUAACUUGCAUACAGAAUUGAGUUGGACAUGAAACUUGAAUCCUUAAAAUAGAGCUGUCCAUUUUGGAGGUCUUGGUAUAUUAUCUGACAACAGAUCUGGUGGCUGCAGGGUGCUGGGAGUUGAGUUUUACUUUCCUCAGGCUUCCCGAUGCAGCUGUAUUUGGCCCCUGGCGCUUCAGCUGCCAAGAGCCUAGUCAGUGCUGUGCUCUUGAACAUGCGCAGGAAAACAUGGAGGUCUAGACAGGAUCCUCCAUAGACCUAGUCUGAAUCCCACAGCCAUCAUUUGUGAUGGAUCCUGGCUUUGGACAAAAAUUGGAAGAGGAGCUCCUACUUUGGUCAACAUCAGGCAUUACCGCAAAGCUUUCCGUACUGUCUUAUGAUCACUUUGAAUUGUUGGCAUUUCAGUGACAUUCCAAUGAAGUCUUAAUCAGUAUUUUAUAAAGAUUAUAUCUUUAUUAGAUAUUGGCAAGUGACAGGUCCAUUUUAAGUAGAAUUUGGAGUCUGGUAUAAACAGGUGCAUACAAACUAGGCAUUGUUUGACGCUGUAAGUAAAUGACACUGCAAAAAUUCAGACAACAUGGACUGUCACUUCUGAGAAUAUUUAUUUUAUUCCCCAAGGUGACACUGCCCCUUACAUGGUGAUGUCCAGAAAUGAAGGGCUACAUAUCUGAACUCUAAUUCCUUGUUGCUGUCUUUCAUUACUAGCAACAUAAUAUACCACGCAACAUGACACUAUUGUUCCCUUGCUUGUUAGACUACUACAGUGUCUUGUAAAAGGCCCCAUAAGACUGGGAUCUUCCACAUAACUAUUGAUCGCAUAAAACAUGUAUGUAAACAUCUAAACCACUUUACAGUCUAGCAAAUCUUGCUGUGCGGGAUUAAUCUGAAAACAAAUGGCCAACAUUUAUUUAUGUGGACACACGGUCAUCUCUAACCUUCCUGGUUAUCAUGGAGGUAAAACCAUUUAUGUAAAUAUCUCUUGUUUUUACAGUGGGUUCCAGUCACCAAGCUCGGUCGUCUGGUAAAGGACAUGAAAAUCAAGUCCCUUGAAGAAAUCUACCUGUUCUCCCUUCCCAUCAAGGUUAGUUUUAAGCUUGCUCAUCAAGUAAAGUGGGGGAGGGGGGUCAUUCCACAGCUUGAGAGGUGCAGAAAAGGGGUUGACAAUAAAGCAAAAUUUGCUUUAUAAUGCUAUAACAAAGUGUACACGUUGUACUGAAGGUGGGUUUCUGGAGUGCCCCUUUAACUUGCUUACAGCAAACCUUUGCAGUCAGAAGCUGAUAGGUGAGGUAUAACGUGCAUAGAAAGCUAUUGCGGCUUUAGGAACGACUAACACACUUCCUGCUUUAGUGAUGGCUCACUGCAGACGCUGCAAAUCCUAGAUUGCGUUUAAAACUGCGCAAAAUGGGGGGUCAAUAAAAUCGGACCAUAGCUUUGAAAAGGUCUCAUACUUGCAAACAAACACAAUUGGUGCCAGAGAGCUCCAGACUCUAACAAAUUUAAUGACGAGCGCUGCAGAAUAACUUGGGGCUAUACAAAUACCAAUAAUAAACAUGGUUAUAGUGCCUACAGUGCCCCCUUAAGUGAUCUUUACAAAUAUGGCUGCAUCAAAUUUUAUCCAAAAUUCUUGUUUUUUGAUAGUUAUGUAUUUAGAUAAAUAUUCUUAUAAAGCAUUAUAAAUACAAAAGUUUUAUGGACGUAGAAUGGGUUAAAGAUUGCUGGAUAAGUAUAGCUUUGCUGUUAUUAUGGAGGCUAGAACUCUGCUUCAGGAAAGCGUUCACCCAUUUGCUUUUUUCAAAGUUCACCCAUUUGCUUUUUUCAUCAUCCAUAGGAGUCUGAAAUCAUCGACUUCUUCCUGGCCUCCUCUCUCAAGGAUGAGGUUCUUAAAAUUAUGCCUGUGCAGAAGCAGACACGUGCCGGUCAGCGAACCAGGUUCAAGGUAUGGAUCACAUGCAAAAAACAUGGGCUUCUCUCCUGUAUUUAGUCUAGUACAGUUUGAAGAAUUUUUGUAUAUUCUUUUAAUCGUUGCCUUAAAUAUUUCUCUUUAGGCUUUUGUUGCCAUUGGAGACUACAAUGGACAUGUCGGUCUUGGUGUGAAAUGUUCCAAAGAAGUUGCCACUGCUAUCCGUGGAGCCAUCAUCCUGGCCAAACUUUCCAUCGUACCAGUCCGUAGAGGCUAUUGGGGUAACAAGAUCGGCAAACCCCACACCGUACCCUGCAAGGUGUGUAUGUGGAAACAAUGACAAGCUAAUGGCUGCGUGGCCACUUACCAAAUCCCUAGUUUGGGCAAAAGCUAGGCACUAUAAAAUAAAAUGCACAUUAAAUCUCAGCUGUUCUGGCAAUCUCUAGCCUGCACAAUAGACUUUACUUCCCAGCUUUCUUGGAAACUUGUAAACCAUGAAACCAGUCCUCUAAGCUGUCUAAUCUCUCAGCUCUGCUCAGUUACACCUAUAUAUGUGGUGUGGUUGUCUUUACGUGAGAGAGAAAGUAACGCAUUUCUAAUGCACGGCAGGUUGACCAUUUACUCCGGUCAUCCUGUUCCUUUUUGAGGUGCUACAUAAAGAAUGUUUCAUUCUAGAACAGUGGUUCCCAAACUAGCUCGCAUUGCCCAGCAACAGUACAUAAUUUAUGCAAUUUACUUUUCUAUUCCAGUGGGGGUGGUUACAAAACCUGGACUAGUUAGGAAACCAUUGUUCUGGAACAUGUGGGAAUCCCAGCUUAAAGGAACUGGACUUAUUGUGCAAGCGAAAAAUUCUUCAGUCAGUGCCUAGUCACUGUAGCAUUAUAGACAAUUGGAAUAUGAAUAAAACAUCCAAUUGACCCUUCUGUUAAUAUUCUACAGUUAUUAAAUGUUUCCUGAUAUUUAACAAAUUGCUUGUGUUUAAUGGCUUAUAUUGUCUGUCUUCCAGGUGACUGGUCGCUGUGGCUCUGUGUUGGUGCGUCUGAUCCCAGCCCCCAGAGGUACUGGCAUUGUGUCUGCCCCCGUUCCCAAGAAACUGCUGAUGAUGGCUGGUAUUGACGACUGUUAUACAUCAGCAAGGGGCUGCACUGCCACCCUUGGCAACUUUGGUAAGUGGUCUUACCCUGGAUCUAAAUGUGCAAUCCAGUGUAGAGAUAAUACAGCCAUUGACUGCACUUGCAGUUCUUUAAUGUUAUCUCUUGGAACGUAAAGCUUUUAGUUUACACCUAACUGUAUUGGCUGAAACAGAUAAUUCUAUCAUUCUCUCAGCUCUGCUCAGUUACACUCUUCCUACAUAGUGUACCUGUCUUUACAUGGGAGAGAAAGCAGUAUGAGCUUACAAUGCACGACAGGCUAGCCCUGUUCUGUGGCCACCUUGUUCCUGUUUGAAGCUCUACAAGGUUUCCACAUCCCAGUAUAGUAAAGGGGAUUAUAAGAGGCAAGAUAUUAAACUUACCAAUUUUCUCCUUCAGCUAAAGCCACUUUUGAUGCCAUCUCAAAGACUUACAGCUACCUGACUCCUGACCUCUGGAAGGAGACUGUGUUCACAAAGUCCCCAUACCAGGUAAUUUCAAUCCACUGAAGCAUUUUGAGUUUACCUUAACCAUCUCUAUGGUCACAGCAUUUCUGCAUGUCAAUUGCACACAUGUGGCUUCAUGUUUCCAGUAUAAAAAAAUACAGAACAGCAGAAUAUAUAAAAAGGUAUUUAAAGAGAUUUUAAGACUUCAAAGGGGAAUUUCAUUUGAGUACUCUAACUAAAGCUGUAUUAGUAUUGAUCUAGAACAGGCUUCCCCAAACUCCAGCCCUCCAGAUGUUGCUGAACUACAACUCCCAUGCUUGUCACCCUAUCUAGUUCAUUCAUAGAAUCAUGGGAGUUGUAGUUCAGAGCCUGCUGUAUAAUAUGGAUUUAGGAUUUGUUUUGUACAAGACCUUCCUGAUUCAGUGUUUGUGUGGGCAACACUGAAAAUACUAUGGGAAAACAGGCCCCAUGUUUGAGUGGAAUUACACUGGCGUAUAAUGUAAGAAUGAGCAGUUUGUGAAGUGACUUACAAUAACUGAAUUGCUCAAAGAACAUCUUCAGAUAUACUAACUUUUUUAGUUAAAGUAAUAAUUGGUAGUGCAAGUCUUGUUAUACAGAACUUCUAACUUUUUUUCUUCCCUUCUGUCUGUAUAGGAGUAUACUGACCAUCUUGCAAAGACUCACAGCAGAGUGUCUGUGCAGAGGACCCAGGCUGCCGCUGUACCUGCCACCUCCUAAGGAAAACUUCUCAAUUUGAAAAUAAAACGAACCUUGUUUUGACAAUAAAUUGUCUGUUUCUUUAACUUGCAGUACAUCAAAUUGUGAAAAUCUUUCUUUAAUGUGGUGGGAACUGAGGACCUAAACAGGCACCAGGGCAUUAUACCAUUAUUAAU